AGUAGUGGUGCGGGGCGAGCCUUAGUGUUCUUUACUCUCUUCUGAGCAAGGUGUGAGUGUCAGGAAAUUAGCUGCAUAAGUGACGUAAACGCAUGGACUGUAAGUUGGAAGAAAGUGCUCAGAGAACAGACCCACAGGCGUUGCAGGGACAGGAAGGCUUCCCAGAGGAUGGAGGUGAAGAUGGACUCUCUGAAGGCUUCCGGCUCCUGCAGAUGGAGGUGGAAUAUGAACACCAGGAGGAAGAGGCCAGUCCUGCACACAGUGAAGUGUGGAGCUCGAAAAAUGUGCAGAGAAAACAGAGACACUGGGAAAGGAUAAUCUCCUCAAAGAAGAGCAAAAGGAAGCAGGAAAAAGAAAGAAGGAAAGCCAAGCAUGCAGAGCACCCAGGCACCAGCCCACAGCACAGCAAACGGUUUUUGAAAGCCUUAACCAAAGAGAGACUUUUGGAAGCCAAACACUCAGGACCAAGAUUAUGUGUUGACUUGAGCAUGACCCACCACAUGUCAAAGAAGGAACUGAGUAGGUUGGCUGGACAGAUUCGAAGGCUGUACGGCUCAAACAGAAAAGCCAGCAGGCCCUUUUGGAUCUGCCUCACCGGAUUCUCAACCGACAGUCCCCUCUAUGAAGAAUGUUUGAGGAUGAAUGAUGGAUUUUCUGCCUACUUGCUCGAUGUGACAGAAGAAGACUGCGUCAGCCUAUUUCCCCUGGACACCCUUGUGUACCUGACUCCUGACUCAGAACACCCCCUUGAAGACAUUGAUCUAAACACAGUUUACAUUAUUGGUGGACUUGUAGAUGAAAGCAUUCAGAAGAAGGUGACAUUUCAAAAAGCCCGAGAAUACUCUAUCAAAACAGCCCGCUUGCCAAUCCAGGAAUACAUGGUCAGGCGCCAGAAUGAGAAAAACUACCAUUCAGAAAUACUGGCCAUCAAUCAAGGCUACAUCAGGCCCCUUAUUUGUAUUCCCAUGGUGCUGCAUUCCUGUUGCAGUGUUGUCCAUUCACAAGCUUCUUUCAGUGUAAGCUGCCUCCUUCCAAUGUUUGAUAUCCUGUCCACUUACUUUGAGACUCGCAACUGGCCUGAAGCAUUGAAGAAAGGAGUUUCUCCAGGAAAAGGCUACAUUCUUCGGAAUUCGAUGGAAUGAAGGGCAGCCCAAGAUUCCAGCUACAGGGGGUGAGGCACGGGAGGCGUCUUGACCAAAAGAGGACAGAGGGUGGCAAUGGCACAUACUGGCCUUCACUGGCUCUCUUGGAUCUUUGAAAGCCAUUAAUGGCAAGGACCACAUUUUAUGCUUUUGUCACCAACAAUGCCUGGUUCACUGGAAGUGCCCUGAUAAAAUAUUGUGGUUAAGAAAGUUUAUAUAUUGUCAAAAUAUAUGGUAUUUUAGAUAUUAAUUCAUAUUUUAUACAUCUAUCUCUAUUUGUGAAAGGUCUACUUUUAGAGAUGUUUAAUUCUCAGAGCUUUUCACUGAACUUGCCUUUUUUUUUGGUUUUUUGAGACAGGGUUUCUUUGUGUAGCCUUGGCAGUCCUGGACUUACUUUGUAGAAUAGGCUGACUUUAAACUCACAGAGAUCCACCUGCCUCUGCUGGGAUUACAGGCGUGCACCACCAUGGCCAGCUGCCUUAUAUACACCAAGUGCUGUGUAUGUGUGUGUGUAUUCCAGAUCUAAUAAAAAAGCAAACAUGUUAUUAUUGGUAAAUCCAGCAUAAAGCAGCCAAGAAAGAAUGCUGCAUUCUGACACACAAGCAUACUAAUCUACCUGCAAUUACACAAAUACAAGUAUUUUAUUCACGUAGAGAUACAACCAUCUCAGUUGUUCCUCCCAUUUUGGGUUAAUUUGAUGGUUAAGCUAGUAGCAAAUUCUUUUAAUCUCAAAAGAACCUAAAGUUAGCAUCCAGGCAUCAAACCACACAUCUUUAAUCCCAACACUCAGAGAGGCAGAGGCAGGCAAAUCUCUGUGAGUUCAAGACCAGCCUGACCUACAAAGCAGGUCCAGGACAGCCAAGGCUACAGAGAAACCGUCUGGAAAAACUGGAAAAAAUAAAGAAAAAAAAAAAAAAAAAAACCCCAAACCUAAAGUUACCUCUCUGCCUACUUCCUUCACUUUUCCCAUUUAAUCCCUUGGGGACAAUCACCUGAUAAACCUGAUAUGUGUUGUUAUUACUGAAAUAUAGGCUAGGCCUCAGGAACACCCUUAAGGUUUUCAGCAUGCUGGAUGGCUCUCAUCCACAGGGACUAGGCAGCAUGGGCUUCAGAUCUAUGAACCCAGAACCAUUGGACUUUCAUCAUUUGCCAGUCUACAUUCUUCCUGUGAAGGCUUCAACACAACACAGAUUCUGUGCUUUCAUAGGAUCUUCUCUCCAACUCUAGUCCAAACCUCUCCUCUUUAUCCAAAA